AUGAUUAUGUCUAUGGAUCACUCCCCGGCUACCUCACGGGGCCUCGCUCAUUUUCAGAAGAAAGAAAUUAUGGGCACUCUCUUUGAGACAACCGAGAGGUACCAACAGAUCCAGCCAGUAGGUAUGGGAGUAACUGGGCUGGUGUGCUCCGCUCGAGAUCAAAUUGGUCACCAGACGGUGGCGGUAAAAAAGCUCCCGGAGCCCUUCAAGACCGCCAAUGUCGCAAAGCACAUGUAUCGUGAGAUCAAACUGUUGAAAAACCUUCAACAUGAAAAUAUCAUUCACCUGAAAGACAUUUUUAUCUCUCCGGCAGAAGAAAUUUACUUGGUCACCGAUCUCAUGGCGACAGAUCUACAUACUUUGCUAAAUACCAAAAAAUUGGAUAACCAAUUCACAGAAUACUUUUUAUAUCAAAUCAUGCGUGGCCUCAAAUAUGUCCAUUCCGCCGGCGUGGUCCAUCGCGAUCUCAAACCAGGCAAUAUUCUCGUCAAUGAAAACUGCGAUCUCAAAAUUUGCGACUUUGGCUUGGCCCGUAUGCAAGAAAAGGAUAUGACCGGCUAUGUGGCCACUCGAUUCUACCGCGCCCCCGAGAUCAUGCUCACCUGGAGACAAUAUGACGAGAAAGUAGACAUUUGGAGUGUCGGAUGCAUCUUUGCUGAAAUGUUGACGGGCAAGCCUCUUUUCCCGGGGAAGAACCACGUCGAUCAAUUCUGUGUCAUCACCCAGGUCCUGGGUAGUCCACCAGAGCAUGUGGUUAAGAAUAUCUCGAGUUUUAACUAUGAUCCACAAGAACGGAUCUCCGCCGCCAAGGCGCUAGAAGCCCCAUACUUGGCUUCCUAUCAUGACCCGGACGACGAGCCCGUGGCCCCCUUAUCCUUUGACUGGUCCGUCCUCGAGGCAGAUCUCUCGGUAGACUCCUGGAAAGAGAUCAUGUACUCUGAAAUUCUGGGCUAUCAUGAGCAGUCGGCGGGAAAUCAUGGGAAAACUGGCGAUUUCUACCAGAUGAGUGGACCGUACGAUGGGAUGGAUUUGAGUUGA